AUGUCUAAUCAAGUUCUUUUAGUGUCCUUACUGUGCCUGAGUGUCAGUAAUUUUUUGCCAUUGGCAUGGAGUCGUUCGCUAUCCGUGUCCCUGAAUAUGUCCCUGACACGCACGGAGCUCGGAGAGCAGCGGAAUGGUACAGCCUCGAAGCUUAGUCAGGAGAUAUUGCAUCAGUGUAUGCGAGAGACCGAGAUAUCCAUGUCACAGUUGAAACUUUUCCGCCUGAGUCUACUCUCGAAUGAUUAUACCAUUGAGAAUGAGGUGGCCACUGGCACCGGUGGCGGUUCCAACGAUGGCAAUAGCAUAAGCGAUAUUGACUAUUCGAGCAAUCAGAUGCCCUAUCUCGAUUUGAAGCAUAACGAGCCACUGCAGUGCUUUGUCCGCUGUCUCUAUGAACGUUUGGGUCUGGUUAAGUACGAUGUGCUGCUGGAGGAAGCUUUCAGGAAACAAGUGCAGAGCAUUAUUCAGCGUGAGAAACCCGAAAUCAAAGAGUGCAUGGAUCUGCAGAGUAAGAAUCGCUGUGAAGCGGCCUACAAAUUGCAUUUGUGUUACAAUCAUCUGAAAACUCUUGAGGCCGAGCAGCGUAUCAGAGAGGUUCUCGAGCGUAGUGAAAAUGACAACGAUAUGGGCAAUGAUGAGGGUGACAAUGACAAGGAGGAGGGCAUUAUCGAUGGCAUUCAGCAUUCCACUGAGUCCAAACAGUAG